AAAGCCUCCUGAGAGCCUGCAGCUCGCAGUGAAGCACUUUUGGCUCCGCGCUUCUCAAAGGGGAGGAAUCGCCACAAUUUACUACUCACCCAAAAACUCUUUAAGCAACUUUCCGCAACUCUUUCCACCUCCACCCAAAAACCAGUCGUGGCACAAAGUAGCGCACGUCGCAGUGCAGCCUGCUCGUUCCUCCAUGAAAGAAGGAGUGCACCAGCAAGUUUGGGGAAGCGACAUGUCCGCCGCCGUCUUGUCCGCCUUCUACGACAUGGACAUGCUGUACAAGCAGGAUAAAAGCACGAACAUGAACGCUCUGCACAUCAACAGCAUGCUGGACAAGAAGGCGGUGGGAGCCCCGGUCGCCGCUCCGGGCUCCGGCGGCGCUUUUACGCCGGGAUUUUUCCGCAGAAACUCCACCAGCAACUUGGAGGCGCUGAACAAAUACAACAUGAGCUCCUCCUACGGCAUGAAGGAGAACACUUCCAGCGGGACCACGUCGCUCAUGAACAAGGAGAACAAGUUCCGUGACCGCGCCUACAGCGACAACGGGGAGCGGGCCGCGCUGCAGCAGAAGGCGGGCUCGCAGAUCAACUCCACCCGCUACAAGACGGAGCUGUGUCGGCCCUUCGAGGAGAACGGCUCCUGCAAAUACGGCGAGAAAUGUCAGUUCGCGCACGGCUACCACGAGCUGAGGAGCUUGUCCCGUCACCCCAAGUACAAAACGGAGCCGUGCCGCACCUUCCACACCAUCGGCUUCUGCCCCUACGGUCCCCGGUGUCACUUCAUCCACAACGCCGACGAGCGUCGACCGGCGCCUAACGCCAACGUGCAGGCGGGGGAGGCGCGCUCCGCCCGGGAGAUGUGCGGCUACAACCACCGGGACAUCCUCCCCGCUCAGUGCUACAGCCAGAAGGAGCGACCCAAACUGCACCACAGUCUCAGCUUCUCCGGCUUCUCCAGCCAGCACGACCUGGAGACGCCGCUGCUCGACAGUCCCACGUCGCGGACGCCGCCGCCGCCCGCCUCCAGCUUCUACGACUCGGUCUCCUGCAUCAACAGCGCCUUCUCCUUCCCGGGACAAGACUUAAAAGCCUUGCUGGCCGUUCACACCUCCGGCAGCUACUCGAACAACCACUCGGCCGGCGCCCACUUUAAGAGCAUGCAGAGCGGCCUGUGUCCUCCCUCCCCCCCGGCCUACAAUAUGAGCCACUUGCAGGCGCUGCGACGCCUCAGUGAGUCCCCGGUGUUUGAGCCUCCUCCCAGCCCGCCUGACUCCCUCUCUGACCGGGACAGCUACGCUAGCGGGUCCCUCAGCUCUUCAGGGAGCCUCAGCGGCUCCGAGUCCCCCAGUCUGGACGCUGGGAGACGUUUGCCAAUCUUCAGCAGGCUGUCGAUUUCUGAUGACUAAGCGUGUCAUCCAUUUCUGAUGACUAAGCGUGCUAUAAAUAUAUAUAUACAUAUGUGUAUGUAUACUGU